AUGUCUGCCUUAACUCAUUACGAGGAUACAGUGUCUGUGGAUGAUGUGAUUGACUUGAAUCAAGAUUGUUCUAGCAGCAGCGACGGCAGAUCCACAUCACAACACCAUUAUCGCAUUUCGCUUCAUAGUAUUGAUGAUGAUGAACUAAGAUUGUUUCGCCGUGAUUUAGUUACACCCGCACCAUCUGUUUGUGGUGGAGAUGAUGUUGAUGCUAUCAAGAGAAACAUGAUCAGAAGUCGAUUCGUGCCACCCUCUCGCAUUCAACGACCUGUUUCCAGAGGAGAGAGUGUGAUGCUGUUCAAAAAGAUCAAUAAUGGCGAUGAGGAUGUCUCAUUUGACGAUCUCGUUUCAAGUGAAUUGAGAGAUUUCUUGGACACUGAUUUCAUGAUGGAGGGUAUACUGUCUCGUCCUGUAAGCAGAACAACCAUUGAUAAAAAUGCAAGUAAAAUACAAGACAUCAGUAAGUUUCGCUCCACUGUACCCAACAACAGUGAGCAGAAGCACCCAGCAAAGCAUCAAAGAACCAUGCUGCCCUCCAGAUUGCGCUCUUUGUCUACGAGCAAGAACAAUCAUGCAGAGAUCCAGGCACAAGAAAAGUCCCGAAGUGCAAAUCACCCUCAACGAAUGUUUUCAUCGGUUCCUGAACCGCCUCGCCUUUAUCAGAACACACAUCGCUCGUUCCAUCAUCGGGCGCCAGUUGCAGCUACUGCUGUAUCAAUGCCUACGAGGGAUGAUUAUUUAUGCAAGCAAAUGCCAAGCAAGUCAGUAACAAUGAUACCGAAACAAACAACCCUGUCUCGAGACAAGUACAUCUCAAGAAAUGCACCAGCAACAACAUCAUCAUUAUCCCUAUUGCAAUCGCAAAAGUUUGCUCAUAGCUACCAAACACCUCCCUCUGUGCCUGUGCCUAUAUCAGCGAGGCGACAAACAACAGCAGAGCAUGCUCCUAAACCCACUCGGAAUUAUGGAAGAAAAUUACCGGAUCCAGUAGUUGAGCAACCGCCAUUAACGCCUCGCUUUACACGAAAGCUCGUCAUGCCACCACCACAGCAGAGAAAUAUGACACACAGUAAUUACCUCAAUCGAACAAGAUCAGAUACAACAACGGCCACAACGUCUUCUUCCGAUGAAGAUGAAUCCAAUGAAGAGCCUCUAAUCACUACUCACAGCCAUCAGCACCAUUACAGACCCUAUUCUUCAAGUACAGCGGCAGGAACACCGCUGCUAUUUGAUCAUUACACCAACAAUAAUACCAAUUCACCGCUCUUUUAUCGAUACAAUAAGACCAUGGAAUACAAAUCCUUGUCAAGUCCAAGAUUACGGACGAUGAGUUCGCACAAGACAUUUCCUACGGCCACGGCUGUCAAUAGUAACCAUAGUAAUAGUAGUAGUGGUAGUACAGCCACCACAGCCACCACCACAAUGAAUACCACCACUCACAAUGACGAUGCAGGCGUCAUUGAUUCAGCGAAACAGGUAUUGGCUUGUAUUAGAGAGCGACGAAAGCGAGCCAUGCUAAGCGGAUCAUCGUGA